CCGCGCCCCUCCCUCCUUCUGGCCCAUCUCGCUGCCGAGCGGCGCCCUAGACCCUUCCCCAUCGCUCGUCUUCCUCCUCGCGCGAGCGCCGCCACCCCUCACUCCUUCCGGUCCAUCCAGCUGCCGAGCGCCGCCCCAGCCCCCGCUCGUCUUCCUCCUCGCGCGAACGCUCCCACCGCCGGUUGGUCUCCCCUUCGAACCUCUCGCUCCUGACCGUUUCUCCUCGCAUCACCCCACGAACAAAUUCCGCCCUUUAGCUCCCCGUUUCAUCUCCAAAUUUCUCUGAUUCGUGACUGAGGCAAAAAAUCAAGGCAUGGAGGCCUCCCAACCGUGCCCUACUGGGUCCUCCCCCGGUGGUGCCACCAACGAGAUGAGUGAACCGGCUCCGGAGCAAUCGUACGAGAAUGGCGCCACCAACGAGAUGAGUGAACCGGCUCCGGAGCAAUCAUAUGAGGAUGCUGUAGUUUCAGCAGAAGAGGCCAGGUUGUGGAGUGUUGUUACCGCUGAUUGCUUAGAUUUCAAUGCUUGGACUGCACUUAUUGAUGAGACGGAGAGAAUUGCUGAGAGCAAUAUUUUGAAAAUGCGGAAAGUGUAUGAUGCAUUCCUCGCGGAGUUCCCUCUUUGCUUUGGGUAUUGGAAGAAAUAUGCAGACCAUGAAGGCCGUCUUGAUGGUGUCAGCAAAGUUAUAGAGGUGUUUGAAAGGGCGGUUCUUGCAGUUACUUAUUCAGUGGACAUUUGGUUGAACUAUUGCCAAUUUGCUAUCUCAACAUAUGAUGACCCAGAUAUUAUCAGAAGACUGUUUGAACGGGGUUUAGCAUAUGUUGGAACAGACUACCGCUCCAAUACUUUAUGGGACGAGUACAUCAAGUAUGAAGAAUCACUCCAGGCAUGGAGUCAUUUAGCUGUGAUAUAUACAAGAAUAUUAGAGCAUCCUAUACAACAACUUGAUCGGUACUUUAAUUGCUUGAAGGAGCUGACUACAACACGGAACCUAUCGGAAAUACUAACUGCCGAGGAAACUUCAAUGUAUGGUGCUACUGUUGAGACCAGUACUCAGGCUGUUGAUGGGGAGGCACAUCCUAAUGACGUAGAGGAAAGUGCAGAACCUGAAAUUCCCCGUCCAACAGAAGCAGAGAACCAGGCACGUUAUAUUUCCAUUAGAGAAGAGAUGUACAAGAAGGCUAAAGAGUACGAGUCUAAGAUUAUCAGUUUUGAGCUAGCUAUUAGAAGACCAUACUUUCAUGUCAAACCUCUUGACAAACCAGAGCUUGAAAAUUGGCACAACUAUCUUGAUUUUAUCGAGGCGGAAGACGACAUUAACAAGGUUAUCAAGUUGUACGAAAGAUGUGUUAUUGCGUGUGCUAGCUAUUCAGAGUUCUGGAUCCGCUAUGUGCAAUGCAUGGAGCAUAGGCAAAGCCUAGAAUUAGCGAACAAUGCUCUUGCUCGUGCCACCCAUGUGUUUGUGAAGAAGCAGCCAGAGAUGCAUCUGUUUAGUGCAAGAUUCAAGGAGCUUAACGGUGAUGCUGCUGGAGCACGUGUAGAAUAUCAGCAUCUUUACUCAGAGUUAUAUCCUGGCUUUCUUGAAGCCAUUGUGAAGCAUGCCAAUAUGGAGCACCGACUGGGUGAUAAAGAAUCUGCUUGUUUAGUUUAUGAGAAGGCCAUUGGUGCUGAAAAGGAAAAGGAACAGAGCCAGCUUUUGCCAACAUUACUGAUUCAAUACUCACGUUUCUUAUAUAUGGUCCGUGACUUGGAAAAGGCAAGGGAGAUCUUAACUGGACUGCAUGAUCAAGCUAAUAUGACUAAAUCAAUUCUUGAGGCUGUCAUUUUUCUCGAGUCGAUCUUUCCGUCGGAGAAGCGUAUUGAAGUUUUAGAUUCCCUGGUGGAGAAGUUUCUUACACCUGAACCAACUCACGGGGAGUUGGCAAGUGCAAGUGACAAAGAAGAAAUAUCUUCCAUAUUUUUAGAGUUUUUGGAUAUCUUUGGGGAUGCACAGUCGAUCAAGAAGGCUACAACUCGGCAUACAAUUCUGUUUUCGCGUAAAAGGAGUGUUCUGCCGUCAAAGAAACGAAGAGCAGAUGAUGCUGUCAUGUCCGACAGAGAUAAAAUCGCUAAAACUGGAGAUGGCACCCAACCAGUCCUGGGAACCGAACCAAAUGUUCAUAAUCCUUCAGUUUGGCCUGCGACUUCUGAAGCGUCAGGGCAACAAUGGGGAGCUGCUUAUGCGCCACAGGCUGCUUACCCUGCAUAUGGAACUUAUGACUACAGUCAUCAAAUGCCUCAAUCUGCUCCUCAAGCACCAGCUUAUGGUGCCUAUCCUCCUUCAUACCCGGCCCAGGCCUACACGCAGCAAAGCUAUGCACAACCUGCAGCAGUGCCAGUGGUAGCACCAGCAGCAGCCCCACCGGCACCGGUGCCAACAGCAGCGUCUUACCCUCAGCAACCUGCGGCUGCUCCUCAACCUUACUAUGGCACCGCUACAUACUUCUGAUCUGUAGAUUGAUGCAUGCGGGUGCUUCAUCGAGUAUGUUUAUCUGUCUUUCCUUGUAUCUGGCUGCAGCAGUCUAAUUGGCAAGCCUUAGCGAGUAUCAGUCCGAAGUCAUUGCAAGACCCCUUUUGUAUCACCAGCAUUUCUGGAAGACGCAAUCCAGGGCCAUGGUGUAACUUUGUCUUUAUCCAGAUGCUAUUCUCAGCAAUGUUAUAACGAGGACGGUCGCUCCGAUCCAAAUGUAAGAACUGUAUAGGAUAUCAUUGCUAGUAUCUAUGUUUUAGGAACUUUCAGUUCUGUUUCACUUAAUUUAACUGCAGACGCCAUAAUGUAGUUAGCACGAUGAGAUGGAUUAACUGCGUUGGCCUUAAUGAGUAACAUUUGCCAAAA